AUGAGUGACGAAAACAUGAAGCGUGCACGUGUGAGUACCAAGGAAGCAAGCAGUAAAGAUGUCAGCCGGCGAGUUAUCAUCCGCAACACUGCUCUGGAGGCUUCGGAAUACAUUGCCGAUUAUAUCAUCAGCCGCAUCCAGAAGUUUCGACCAACUGAAAGCCAGCCAUUUGUACUCGGCUUGCCAACCGGAAGUAGCCCGGAGAUCAUCUACAAGACUCUGGUAAACCGGCACAGGAAGGGCGAGAUAUCCUUUAAGAAUGUCGUGACUUUCAACAUGGACGAGUAUGUCGGAUUGCCUCGGGAUCAUCCAGAAUCAUACCACAGCUUCAUGUAUAAGCAUUUUUUCUCCCAUGUGGACAUCCCGCCCCAGAAUGUUAACAUUCUUGACGGUAACGCUCCGGAUCUCGCGGUCGAGUGUGCUUCCUUCGAAGCCAGAAUCGCUCGGUACGGCGGCAUCGAACUCUUCCUAGGUGGUGUGGGUCCCGAUGGUCAUAUUGCCUUCAACGAGCCAGGCUCAUCAUUGAGCAGUCGUACGCGGGUUAAAACUCUGGCAUAUGACACGAUCUUAGCCAAUUCGCGAUUUUUCGACAAUGAUGUAGAUCAGGUACCCCGGCAUGCAUUGACAGUUGGCAUUCAGACCAUUAUGGAGGCACGGGAGGUGGUGAUAGUUGCUACCGGUGCUCACAAGGCUCUCGCAGUGGAGAAGGGCCUUGAAGGGGGCGUCAAUCACAUGUGGACGCUCUCGGCCUUGCAGUUGCACCCACACCCACUCAUUGUCUGCGAUCGGGAUGCGACUCUGGAGCUGAAGGUUAAAACAGUGCGUUAUUUUGAGUCUAUCGAACAAGCCGGUACAGACGCGCGCACUCAAGGCCCGCCUCUUACUUAUCGACCUCGGAUGUACGUUCCCGGCCCGGUUGGGCUGGGCAAGACUCACCAGGAACUUACCCCCCAAAGUACACCACAAAAGGUCCCGAAGGAUUUGAGAAUCAAUACGGAAUUGAGUCGCUCCAUGGAAGACGAUGAAUUAACACCUGACAGUAUGUCCUCACGAAUGGUUGACUCGGCGAUAGGCGGGCUGGAUUCAGCAUUGAAGGGCGAUUUGUUUUUCGACCGAAUGGGAGCUAGGGUUCUUUCACACUGA